AUGGACCGCCGUCAACAAGGAAAGGAGUCGAAAGGAGGAAGCUAUCGUCGCAAAGCUCUUCGACAGAGCAGAAGGUGUCAACUCACACUCCACUCCUCAAAAGAUCAAAAUCAGAGACGAACAGCAGGACAAAAACUUUCUGAUUUUUGUCAACACCUUUUGUCUUGUUGCGGAGUCUUGCCUUGUCGUGAAAGUGAAGAAUUGGAAACAGUGUAUUGCCAACAAAGCACAUCGGCUCAAGCUCCCUCCCUCUCUCCACCGUCCGAGAUUCCUCUCCACCGUCCGAGAAAAGCGUCGUUUUCUCUUCCUAUUGGCGAGUCAUUCUAUCCACAAUCCACAAGAAGAACAGGAGGGAAUGGAGAAGUAAAAGUUCUACCGGAAUUGAAUGAACAGAUUUCCAAUCUGCAACAAUUACAUGAUUUUCUGAAAAAGCUUGGAUCAGAAUCUUGCCUUCAAAGUCAUAUUCUUUUCGAGUUCUGCAAAAGAGUGGCAAGAACAUCAAGAAAUACAGGCGAUGGUUUCACUCUUUUCGUUCACCCUAUCAAGGUUGAGGAAAUCUCCUCAUUGGGAAGUAUGAAUGUAAACCCAACACUGAUAACAAAAUAUGUUGAAGAUAGCCAAGUUGUGGAUCCAAUCCAAUGUGCCAGUUAUUUGAAACUGACUUCAAGCUCGACAAAUGCCGAAUUUGUAGCUGCAGAAUCAGAACUGAGCAAUCUUCUCCUAACCAAGUUGGAAUGCCGCCCAACCUUUGAAGCUAUAUCUCUUAAUCCGGUCUUCAUUAAAGAGGGACCUCCACCUGAACGACUCUUCGCUUCAGUUCUUGAACUCAAGUAUGAUCACCAGGAAUACUUGAGAUUCUGUAAUGCAAAAGCGAAAUCGAUGGGGAUAAAAGUUUUGGACAUAAGGAUUUUUAGCGAAGAGGUCCCAUCGCAACCACCGCUCCAGAGGCUUCAAAACAAAACCAAAAUGUGUACCAGAAUUGUGGAAACAAUCCAAGCUAGUCUUCCGCUACUUCAAAAACUUGACGAUGAAGAAGAAAGUCAUUACGUGAUCUUUGACGUACAUCUCAACGUCUGCCCUUAUUGGCUAACCCAAAUUACCGUGUCCAGUGUUUGUUCUGACGGUGUUUCUCCUGAGAGCUGCCCCGCCAUCCGAGACUCGAGAGCAGAGAUAAAGCGGUUGGAACAUUUCGGAGAUAAUCUCAUUGAAUGGCAGAGUCCCACCAAAGUCUUGAAAGCAGAAGUGUGUAACAAAAUAAUCGCAAGGCUAGGGCUUUCAACUUCACUGCAUGCAUUUUUAGUUAUUGAGCUCAGUGUUGGAAACCAGUCUUCCAAAUAG